AUGACUCGACCAUUCAAUUCUUUAAGUGAUAUAGAAGGUAUUAAACCUAUCGACUCUACUAAAGAUGGUAAUAGAUUCGGUAGAGGAAUUGAAUUUCGGGAAGGUGCUCUGAUUAAACUAUUGAGCUAUAGCGAAAAAUCUGUAAAUGGAAAAUUUGGUCAAAUUCUUCUUAAUCCGGAAGCAUUAAAUAUCCUUCAGGAAAUUAAUGAACCUCUUGCUAUAAUUUCUGUUGUUGGUUCUUUUCGUCGUGGUAAAUCUUGGUUCGCGAAUGUAUUGCAUGGGCGUCAUGACAGUUUCAAUCUUGGACCAGGAGUGGAGGGAUGUACACGUGGAAUAUAUAUGUGGUCUCCACCCUUCAAAUUAUCAAAUGAACAAUCUGAUGGUAAAACUAUUCAGAAACGCGUUAUCGUUUUGGAUAGUGAAGGAAUUGAUGAUCCUAACCAGGAUCCAAAUUGGGCAACAAAAUUAUUUAUAUUAUGUUUAGUUAUUUCUUCAACCUUCGUAUAUAAUAUUAAUAGAAUUGUUGGUAAUAUUGAUAUAGGAAAAUUGUGUUUAAUGACAAAUUUAAAUGAAUUCAUUCAAGAACCGAAGGAUGGAGAUUUUUUACUAAGAUUAGUUAUUUUAUUACGUGAUUUUAUUUUUGAAAGUCCAGAAAGUUUGAAAGAUUAUUUCUUGAAACAAUAA